AUGCAGCCAAUCCCAGAUGUUCCCGCCCGAACGCAGCCAAUCACAGAAGUUCCCUCCCGAAUGCAGCCAAUCACAGAUGUUCCCGCCCGAACGCAGCCAAUCCCAGAUGUUCCCGCCCGGACGCAGCCAAUCCCAGAUGUUCCCGCCCUAACACAGCCAAUCCCAGAUGUUCCCGCCCUAACACAGCCAAUCCCAGAUGUUCCCGCCCGGACGCAGCCAAUCCCAGAUGUUCCCGCCCGGACGCAGCCAAUCCCAGAUGUUCCCGCCCGGACGCAGCCAAUCCCAGAUGUUCCCGCCCUAACACAGCCAAUCCCAGAUGUUCCCGCCCGGACGCAGCCAAUCCCAGAUGUUCCCGCCCGGACGCAGCCAAUCCCAGAUGUUCCCGCCCUAACACAGCCAAUCCCAGAUGUUCCCGCCCGGACGCAGCCAAUCCCAGAUGUUCCCGCCCGGACGCAGCCAAUCCCAGAUGUUCCCGCCCGGACGCAGCCAAUCCCAGAUGUUCCCGCCCGGACGCAGCCAAUCCCAGAUGUUCCCGCCCGGACGCAGCCAAUCCCAGAUGUUCCCGCCCUAACACAGCCAAUCCCAGACGCCUCGCGCAGGGUGCUUGGAAACCCCGAAGCACUCCAGGAAACAGCCAACCUGUUACAUGGGCAGCAGACCUAA